CCAACAUACAACAAGGUUUUAGCAAUACAGAGAGACGGAAUCAAUUGCAUGCACAGGGAAAAGCGGGAGGGGAACCAUCUCUUAUUUUGAGCUUUUCAGCUCUAGAGUUCAAAAUUUGGGUUUCUUCUCCCUAAUUUGUAGGAAAGGUUUCUGGGUUUUGGUGGGUUUUGCAGUAGGGUUCCUCGUUUCGUGUUGCAAUGGCAACGGGUGAAAUUUAUAGAGCCGGUGGUAGUUUAAGGAAGGACGGUUCUUCCAUAUGGAGGAACUCUGGUGAGGAGGUUUUCUCCCGUUCUUCAAGGGAUGAAGAUGAUGAGGAAGCUCUGAAAUGGGCCGCCCUCGAGAAACUUCCCACCUACAAUCGGAUGAGGAAAGGCUUGCUGAUGGGUUCGGCGGGUGAGGCCAGUGAAGUUGAUAUACACAACCUUGGGUUUCAGGAAAAGAAGAAUUUAGUGGAGCGGUUGGUGAAAAUUGCCGAAGAGGACAAUGAGAAGUUCUUGUUGAAGCUCAGGAAUCGCAUAGAUAGAGUUGGGAUUGAUCUUCCCGAAAUUGAAGUUAGAUUUGAGCAUCUUACCAUUGAUGCAGAAGCUCAUGUAGGAAGCAGAGCUUUGCCUUCAUUCAUUUAUUCUGCUUUUAAUCAAAUUGAGGAUAUCUUGAACACUCUUCGGAUUCUUCCGAGUAGAAAGAAGAAACUCACUAUUCUUCACGAUGUUAGUGGAAUCAUCAAACCUCGAAGAAUGACAUUGCUUUUGGGUCCUCCAAGUUCUGGAAAGACCACUCUGUUAUUGGCUUUGUCCGGAAAGCUUGAUUCCAGUCUAAAGGUUACGGGAAAGGUGACAUACAAUGGUCAUGGCAUGAAUGAAUUUGUACCCCAGAGAACUGCAACCUACAUCAGCCAACAUGAUACCCAUAUAGGAGAAAUGACUGUACGGGAAACCUUGGCCUUCUCUGCAAGAUGCCAGGGUGUUGGAGAUCGAUAUGACAUGUUAGCAGAGCUCUCAAGAAGAGAGAAGGCAGCAAAUAUUAAGCCUGAUCCUGAUAUCGAUGUCUUCAUGAAGGCAGUGGCAACGGAAGGCCAGAAGGAGAAUGUGAUCACUGACUAUACACUGAAGAUUCUGGGACUAGAAGUCUGUGCAGACACCUUGGUAGGGGAUCAAAUGAUAAGGGGUAUCUCUGGAGGACAAAGGAAGCGUGUCACAACUGGGGAGAUGCUGGUUGGACCAUCGAAGGCACUGUUCAUGGAUGAGAUCUCUACUGGCUUGGAUAGCUCGACAACUUAUCAAAUCGUGAAUUCUCUCAGGCAAACCAUCCACAUUCUCAAUGGGACUGCUCUCAUCUCUCUCCUCCAGCCAGCACCUGAGACUUACGAUCUUUUUGAUGACAUCAUUCUCCUCUCUGAUAGCCAGAUUGUUUAUCAGGGUCCUCGUGAAGACGUUCUUGACUUUUUUGAAUCCAUGGGGUUCAGAUGUCCUGAAAGGAAGGGUGUGGCAGACUUCCUACAAGAAGUAACAUCUAGGAAAGAUCAGCAGCAGUAUUGGGCACGUAAAGAUGAGCCUUAUAGUUUUGUCACAGUCAAGGAAUUUGCUGAGGCAUUCCAGUCAUUUCACAUUGGACGGAAACUAGGACAUGAGCUUGCAACUCCAUUCGACAAGACCAAAAGCCACCCAGCUGCUUUGAAAACUGAAAAAUAUGGUGUUAGAAAGAAGGAACUGUUGGAUGCUUGCAUUUCAAGAGAGUACUUGCUGAUGAAGAGGAAUUCAUUUGUCUAUAUUUUCAAGCUCACCCAACUCAUAAUAAUGGCAGCAAUUUCCAUGACAAUCUUCCUAAGAACUGAGAUGCACAAAAAUUCAACAGAUGAUGGAAGCAUUUACACGGGUGCUUUGUUCUUCACUGUUAUCAUGAUCAUGUUUAAUGGAAUGUCAGAACUUGCCAUGACCAUUGCAAAACUUCCUGUCUUUUACAAGCAAAGAGGCCUACUAUUCUACCCUGCAUGGGCAUAUGCUCUCCCCUCAUGGAUCCUCAAGAUCCCCAUCACAUUUGUUGAAGUUGCUGUUUGGGUGUUCAUGUCUUAUUAUGUCAUUGGAUUUGAUCCAAAUGUGGGAAGGUUGUUUAAACAAUAUCUUCUCCUCGUGCUUGUUAAUCAGAUGGCAUCUGCAUUGUUUCGAUUUAUUGCAGCAGCUGGUAGAAACAUGAUUGUUGCAAACACAUUUGGGUCAUUUUCAUUACUUUUGCUCUUUGCAUUGGGUGGUUUUGUCCUGUCACGAGAAAAUGUCAAGAAAUGGUGGAUUUGGGGUUACUGGUCUUCCCCUCUGAUGUAUGCACAGAACGCAAUAGUGGUAAAUGAAUUCCUUGGGAAGAGUUGGAGCAAAAAUUCUUCAACCGAUUCAACAGAAUCCCUUGGAGUAGCAGUAUUGAAGUCUCGCGGGUUCUUCACAGAGGCAUACUGGUACUGGAUAGGAGCUGGGGCACUGCUUGGAUUCAUUUUAGUCUUCAACAUCUGUUACACUGUGGCUCUCACUUACCUAAAUGCAUUUGAGAAGCCUCAAGCUGUUAUAACAGAAGAGUCUGACAAUUCCAAAACUGGAGGAAAGAUCGAGUUAUCAUCCCAUAGACAAGGCUCGAUUGACCAAACUGCAUCCACAGAGAGGAGAGACGAAAUUGGGAGAAGCAUCUCAUCCACAUCCUCAUCUGUGAGGGCAGAAGCCAUUGCUGAGGCUAGACGUAACAACAAAAAAGGAAUGGUUCUUCCAUUCCAACCACUUUCUAUCACCUUUGAUGAUAUUAGAUACUCAGUUGACAUGCCAGAGGAAAUGAAAAGUCAAGGUGUCCUUGAAGACAGAUUGGAGCUUCUAAAGGGGGUGAGUGGUGCUUUCAGGCCUGGUGUUCUUACAGCUCUGAUGGGUGUUAGCGGUGCUGGUAAAACCACUCUCAUGGAUGUACUGGCUGGUCGGAAAACUGGUGGAUAUAUUGAGGGUAACAUUUCUAUUUCUGGCUACCCAAAGAAGCAAGAGACUUUUGCUCGAAUUUCUGGAUACUGUGAGCAGAAUGACAUCCACUCUCCUCAUGUUACUAUCCAUGAGUCCUUGCUCUACUCUGCUUGGCUGAGGUUGCCUGCUGAUGUGGAUUCUAAAACUAGAAAGAUGUUCAUUGAGGAAGUCAUGGAGCUCGUGGAACUGACCCCAUUGAGGGAUGCACUAGUUGGGUUGCCAGGUGUAAAUGGUCUCUCAACCGAGCAGCGCAAGAGGCUGACCAUUGCAGUUGAGCUUGUGGCAAAUCCCUCAAUAAUAUUCAUGGAUGAGCCAACUUCAGGGCUAGAUGCAAGAGCUGCUGCAAUUGUUAUGAGAACAGUCAGGAACACAGUGGACACAGGAAGAACAGUUGUGUGCACCAUCCAUCAGCCAAGUAUUGACAUCUUUGAAGCCUUUGAUGAGUUGCUCCUGCUGAAGCGAGGAGGACAAGAGAUAUAUGUGGGACCACUGGGUAGACAUUCUUCUCAUCUGAUAAAGUAUUUUGAGGGAAUUGAAGGAGUGAGUAAAAUCAAAGAUGGUUAUAACCCUGCAACUUGGAUGCUGGAAGUUACCACUUCGGCACAAGAAUUCUUGUUGGGGGUGGAUUUCACUGAAAUAUACAAAAAUUCGGACCUAUACAGGAGAAACAAAGAUUUAAUUAAAGAAUUGAGCCAACCUGCCCCUGGUUCAAAGGACCUCUAUUUCCCUACUCAAUACUCCCAGUCCUUCUUCAUCCAAUGUAUGGCAUGCUUAUGGAAACAGCGUAGGUCAUAUUGGCGCAAUCCACCAUACACGGCAGUGAGAUUUUUCUUCACAACUUUCAUAGCCUUGAUAUUUGGGACAAUGUUCUGGGAUCUCGGCACCAAAAGGAAAAAACAACAAGAUUUGAGUAAUGCAAUGGGUUCUAUGUAUGCUGCUGUUCUCUUCCUUGGGGUUCAAAAUUCCUCAUCGGUGCAGCCAGUCGUUGCAGUUGAACGGACAGUCUUUUACAGAGAAAGAGCUGCAGGAAUGUAUUCAGCUAUGCCAUAUGCCUUUGCACAGGCUCUAGUUGAGAUACCAUAUGUCUUUGCACAAGCUGUGGUGUAUGGUGUUAUAGUUUAUGCAAUGAUUGGAUUUGAAUGGACAGCUGCUAAGUUCUUCUGGUAUCUGUUCUUCAUGUUCUUCACCUUACUGUACUUCACCUUUUAUGGCAUGAUGGCUGUGGCUGCCACACCAAAUCAACAUAUUGCUGCCAUCGUUGCUGCAGCAUUUUAUGGAUUAUGGAACCUAUUUUCAGGUUUUAUAGUUCCUCGAACCAGAAUUCCGGUGUGGUGGAGAUGGUACUAUUGGAUAUGUCCAGUUGCAUGGACUUUGUAUGGAUUGGUUACAUCGCAGUUUGGAGAUAUACAGGACAGAUUUGAGGACACAGGUGACACAGUGGAACAAUACUUGAAUGACUAUUUUGGAUUCGAACAUGAUUUUCUAGGAGUGGUUGCAGCUGUGAUUGUUGGGUUUACAAUACUUUUCUUAUUUAUCUUUGCCUUUGCCAUUAAGGCAUUUAACUUCCAAAGGCGGUAAAAGCACGAGUUCUUCAAAGAUGGUUGGUUAAUGUAUAUGUAACAUUCUCAGUUCAACAUUUGGUUGUAAGAUGAACAAAAUGGUUUUGUUCUAUGUAUAGGCUGUUAGAGAGUAUCCAUAGCCCUGCAAUGAGCAGAUAAUACUAGUUAAAUUCUUGUAUUUUGUUUUCUCCCAAUUUUAUGUAAGUUAAAAUUCAUUACAAUAAUGUAACCUUAAGCAAUUCUUUCAUCUUGAUUGCCUGCUUACUAGUAUGGUGCUCCACUUUCAGUCUCUGCUUUAAGUAGCUGAAGACAUUAAGACACGGUAACAACAUGAAAAUAGUAUGGUUUCAAAACCAACAAGUGUGUAUCAGGAGCAGGCUUUGCAACACUCUUGAAUUUAGACUUGAGCUAGCAGAAAGGGAAGUUUUGGCCUUCUUCAGAAAGUUCAGAGGUAUUUCUCAGUUCCAUGCUUGACCCAUGAAGAAAAGUAGUUACUUAAACUUGGAGCUCAUUCAUUGGUAUCCUGCUGAUCAGAUCCAGACAUGUGGAUAUACAACUUUGAAUUGUAGAAUCACUGCCUUCCAAAUUUCCAGACAUGUGGAUUUGACCUGACUCUUCAAAGCUCAAAACCUCAUCGACUCGGUGAAUCUAGACAAUAUUAAGUUCAACAUCUGUCAUGUUCUGAUUGUUUUCUUUAUUAAUACUUGCUUUGAUCAGAAAGCGUGAAGACAAGAAGAUUUUGAAUUUC